AUGGGCAAAUUUUGGGGUAUGACAUGCAGGAACUGUGUGCCAACUAGAAUGCGCUUAAUAGAUAAAGGUGUUGAUUGUGCGCCUAAUUGUGGUAUAUGUGGGGAUCUGAAUGAGAAUAAUAAUCACUUAUUCUUCCAGUGCCCGAAGAGUGUAGAGUGCUGGAAAAAAGUGGGUCUUUGGCCGGUGUUGCAACAAUUACUGAAUCAUCAAAAUUCUUGUGCUACUGUUGUAUUCUCCUUUUUGCAAGUCGCUAAUAAAGACUUGCUUCAAGGAUGGAGAAGUGCACAACAAAUCAGGAAUAACAAUAUCUCUCAAUCUCAAAGUCCUAUGGAUUCUAAGUGGAGCAAGCCUUCGACUGGUCGUCUCAAAUGCAACAUUGACGCAUCUUUCUCUAAUAACAAGGUUGGUUUAGGUGCUUGUAUAAGAGAUGAUAAAGGUUCCUUUAUUGCAGCCAGAACCGAGUGGUUUUCUCCCAUCACAGAAGUCGCUGUUGGGGAAGCUUUAGGGCUCUUAGCAUCGAUUAAUUGGGUGCACGAGCUUGGUUAUGAUAAUGAGGAUUUUGAGAUGGAUGCCAAAAGCGUAGUGGAUAGUGUUAAUAGUCAACAAUCUAACUAUACAGAUUGUGGUGCUAUUAUUCGGGAGUGUAAACGCUUAUUAGGUGGUUGUUUUAGGAACUCUCAUGUUAAAUUCACUAGAAGACAAACUAAUGAAGUUGCUCACGCUUUAGCUCGGGCGGCUCCACAUUUUUCUAGUUUCCAUAAUUUUACUAAUGUACCGACAUGUAUCCAGACCCUCAUUACUAUUGAAAUGAACUAA